GACACCACACACUCUGCAAAGUCAUGGAUGGAGGAGCUUCCCGCCAUUGAACAGCGGCACUCUCAGCGGUCGCCUCAUGACCAGGCGCAUGCCUUCAGCGAAUGGUCGCACCAAGCGGCCACCGAGGAAGUUGUAUCAGAGACGGUCGAGGAAGAAUGGCAGCCUAUGCCGGCCUACGCGCAGCAUGACAUUUACGACGACGAGUCUGGCAAGGUGAUUGCGCACGCGCACGACGCCGAGGAGCUUGUUUCAAAGACAAAAGGCUAUUCCAGAGUACAAGGCGACGACGAUGCAAAGAGCGUAGACUCUGUGGACGAACAAACCAACCAUCUCUUCAAUGCGAAUGCCGACCAUGACGAUGAGGCAACAGUGGACUCGCAGCUUAGCUAUACAAAGAAUCUACUUACAGAAGGCCAGCGCAUCGCAUAUAUUGGAAUAUGCAAACUUGUGCUGGUGUCGAUGCUCAAGGAAAUGACGAUAUUCAAUUCGGCCGGUAAAGGUGAGGGGCGCUUUGGUUUGGAAGGCCUCAUCCUGUGGUCACAAAAGAUCAUGGUCAGGCUAUAUGCGCAUCUCGACAUUAGUCCAGAGGAGCAGCUCAUGAUGGAACAGCUCAGUGAGCAUCACAUUCGUCCAGAGGACUUGGCGCCAGCGCUGACGACCGCCACUCGCGUCUCAAAUCCUAUGCAUGCUGCUGGUGCCGAAACGCUCGAUCUCGAUAUUCGGUGGACAGUCUUAUUUGACUUGUUCCUGCUUCUCCUGAAUGAUAGCGUUUACGAUGCGCGCUCGCGCGUCUUCUUCAUUGCCGUUGCCGAAGUCCUCGGUGUGAGCUAUCUCGAGCUUGUCAAGUUUGAAAAGAAGGUUACUGAUGCGCUCGAGGUCCAGGAGAACGCAGAACAACCCACAAUACAAGAAGAAGGAAGCCUUGUCGAUGCACGGGAGAAGACCAGCAGAAAGAGGCGAUACGCUAUGAUGGGCCUUGCGACACUUGGCGGUGGUCUCGUUAUUGGCCUGUCGGCUGGCCUCCUUGCUCCUGUUAUUGGCGCCGGGUUGGGUGCAGCUUUUACAACUAUCGGCGUCUCUGGAGCGACAAGUUUCUUGGCCGGUGGUGCGGGUGCUGCUCUCAUCACAACAGGUGGCGUUGUUACUGGAUCCGCCAUUGCCACAAAAUCAGCUGGUAAGCGUACUAGCAGUGUCAGGACCUUUGAAUUCAAGCCGUUGUUCGAUAACAAGCGCGUCAAUCUUUUGCUCACGAUACCUGGAUGGUUGGCAGGAUCAGAGGACGAUGUGCGGCUGCCCUUCAGUACGAUCGAUCCCGUGAUGGGCGACAUCUGCAGUAUUCUCUGGGAGCCGGAACUGCUCAGGACUUUUCAAGCUACUGGCAAUAUUUUGGCGACCGAGGUGCUGACACAGUCAUUACAGCAAGUACUAGGUCAGACUGUACUGACGGCUCUGAUGAGUGCCCUGCAAUGGCCGCUUGUCUUGACAAAGCUCUCUUACCUGAUUGACAACCCUUGGUCCAACUCGCUUGAUCGAGCGAAAGCUGCUGGACUGAUCUUAGCUGAUUCUUUAACUUCUCGAGUGCUUGGACGACGGCCCAUCAGUCUUGUUGGCUACUCUCUUGGUGCACGCGUCAUACAUUACGCUCUCCUAGAACUCGCAAGAGUGAAAGCUUAUGGCAUUGUCGAAAAUGUCUACCUCUUCGGCGCUCCAGUCGUUGUUUCUACCACCGAUUGGCGGAGAGCUCGCACAGUGGUCGCAGGCCGAUUCAUCAAUGGUUAUGUACAGAAUGAUUGGAUCCUGGGCUACCUCUUCCGUGCCACGUCUGGAGGUAUUGGUCGCGUUGCUGGGCUAAGACCCGUUGAAGGAAUCGAGGCGAUAGAGAAUCUCGACGUGACGGAACAUGUCACCGGACACAUGAGUUAUCGUGAAGCGAUACCGCGGCUCAUGAAUCUCGUUGGCUUUGAAAUUACAAGCGACGAGUUCCAAGAGAUUGAAGACCCGGACCCGGAUAAGACGCGAGAACGUGCCCGUGAGCUACUGGACGACAUUGAAGCUGCGCGGACCAUGAAUCCAAAGCCGAAUCGGAAG